CGAAGAAUGGGUAUGGGUGACGUACAAGUCACGAGAACUGAGUCAUCGUAGCAGCGCGCGCUUUCAGUGAGUUGUCACAGAUUAAAAGCUCGCCGCUUCCUAGUUUCCGCUUUGUAUAGCUCGAAAAGCAAUCGAGUCAAUCAUGCCUCUCUGUGGUGGACUCUCUGAGCAAGUCAAGGAUGCCGAUGACACAGUCAAAGAGAUCUGCGAAAAGGUUCGCGCCGAAGUGGAAGCGAAGCUGGAGAAGUCCUUUCCAGAGUUUACGCCUCUGAAGUAUCGCACGCAGCUGGUGAACGGCAUCAACUAUUUUAUUAAGGUUCACGUAGGUAACGACCAACACAUCCACGUCCGUGCGCACAAGGCUUUCCAGGGCGAAAUAUCGUUCUCUGCUGUGCAGGGGGACAAAAAGUUGGAAGAUCCACUCGAGCAUUUUCAGUGACGGUAUACGGCCAACGGUGUCACCUUUCAUAUAAGUGGCAAAAUAAAAGGAACAAAUUUCGUGCGAUA